CCGGGUUUUCGAAAGGAGUGGCAGGAUGCCGAAGGAGAACAUGUGGCGGCAAAGGAGAGUGCCCGUUCCCAAGAGGACGAUCGAGCUGAUCGCUUUAGUAGCGAUAUCUAGUACACUCUUUCUCUUUCUACACACGAGAGAUCUACAUUCGCGUCUGAAAAAAAUGGAAGUACGUCUUCAACCGGGGGAGGAUGAUGUGCUCUCGGCGAAUCAGCUCUCAUCAGACGGUAUCCAAACGGAUUCUGAUUCAAACAGUAUCGUCCAUUAUCCAAAUGUACAACGUAUUCUCGUGGAAAAGUACGAAGAUGAAGAAGCGCUCGAUAUCGACACCCUCAACAACACGAAGAGGGCUGACCGGCAGGUUCUGUUCUUUAAUCGUGUGCCGAAAGUCGGUUCGCAGACCUUUAUGGAGCUAUUGAGGAGGCUGUCAAUAAGGAAUGCAUUUUCGUUCAACAGGGACCGCGUGCAGCGAGUUGAAACCAUACGUCUCGCGCCGAUCGAGCAGUUACAUCUCGCCAGGAUGGUCAGCAGUUAUUCGGAACCGUCUGUUUACGUGAAGCACGUCUGCUUUACUAACUUCACAGAAUUCCAUCUACCGGAGCCGAUUUAUAUCAACAUAGUACGCGAUCCUGUGGAAAGGGUCAUAUCUUGGUAUUAUUACGUAAGAGCACCAUGGUACUAUGUGGAGAGGAAGCAGAUCUUCCCGGAUCUACCGUUGCCCGAUCCCAAUUGGCUCAAAAAGGACUUCGAGUCGUGCGUAUUGAAGGGUGAUCGAGAGUGCAGAUAUUUGCAGGGUGAGAUCCACGAGGGCAUCGGCGAUCAUCGUAGACAAACUCUCUUCUUUUGCGGACACAGUGAAAAGUGCACUCCUUUUAAUACCGUUGGUGCUUUGGAGCGAGCUAAGUUGGCAGUGGAAAAGCACUACGCGGUAGUUGGCGUUUUGGAGGAUAUAAAUACAACUCUUACGGUACUAGAAAACUACAUACCACGAUUUUUCCAAGGAGCUACCGAUGUUUAUUAUGAUCAAGUAAAUUCCUUUAUGAGGAUCAAUCGAAAUUUCUUUAAACCGCCAGUCAGCGAGGAAGUGAAGAACUUGGUGCGCAGCAACUUUACUCGCGAAGUCGAAUUCUACCAAUUCUGCAAGCAGCGACUUUAUAGACAAUACAGAGCUCUUAAAUUGCGAUCGAAUGUUCCGUAGUCCGCAAUCGUAAUGUGAUCUCUAAUAAAGACAUCUUUUCUAUCUGUUAUUAUGCGAAGGCAAUUAUUAAAUUACGUAAAAGAC